GGCAUGGUCCGAGAGUUAGCUGGAAAGAAGAAAACUAAUGGUGAGACUGAAACAUCUGAGACAAGUGCUGGAUUCAAAGAAGGAGUCAGAGUACAAAUACUGGAUUGGUUUGAGUCAGAAGAUGUAGUUGUUGGUGAAGGAGAAUUUUGCUCUGAUGAACCGAUGUACAAAAUUGGUCGUGUGCCUAUUGGUCCUAAUGCAGUGGCUGUUAUUGUUAAGUCUGCAUUAAUCUCUGAAGCUUUUCUCUGGAGGCCUACGACAGAUGUAUUAUCUCUUGGGGACGCAGUGGGAUGCAAAGUAGCUUGGCCAAUAAAUAAAGUGGUUUUGGACAGGAAUCCAGUAGCGUCUCAAGAUGUAUUGAUGUCUCUCAUGCAACACAGGAAGGCGAAACUCGAGAUGCAAAAUCUAUGA